AUGUACGCCGCGCUGCGACCGCGGGGGGCGACGAAACCGGGAAUAAUCCUGCGCGCGGUCGUUCGGGACGGGUUCGGGAGCGCGGAGGCGAAAUUGGAGAAGCGCGUGAUGGCGCGCGCGUUGGGGCUCGGACGCGAUGACUGGGAGCGUUCGGUGGUGUUUCGACGGUUUCACGCGAUGUGCGAUCAGUUCGGGCGCGGGACGGUGCGAUUGUGUGAUUUUUGGCGGGCGUGCGCGAGCGUUCGAUGCGGCGCGCUGUGGACGCCGACGCGACUGGACGCGGUGAUCGAUCGGCUGACGCGGACGGUGCGAUGGAAGAGGUUGUCGGAUGAGGAAAUACGGUCGGUGUUUGCGUUUUUGAUGACGUCGUUCGAUGAGGAGCGGUCGGAGAUUAUUGGCGAUAUGGAUUACGAGACGUUUGCGCGAGACGUCGAGCGCGGCGCCGAUUUGAAAGAGGCGUACGCGUUGUGCGAUGAAAUCAUGUCCAUCGGUACGGUCGCAGGGCAGCUUUUGGAGAUUUUGAACAAUCCCGCGAUAGACACGUUCAGCGACGACACGGAGUGGAUCGGCGCGAGCGCGUUCGACGCCGGCGCGCGGCUGUCCAGUUCGCGCACAGAGAGCGGCUCGCGCGCGUCGUCGUCGCCGUUCGCGCGAGAGGCCGAGGUCAUGACGGCGGCGAUUCGGGCGUGCAAACUGAAUCGUACGUACGAAAUGGAACGUUUGGUCGAUGCCGAGGGCUUAGACGUUGACGCGCGCGACGAGACGAGCGAUGAGCAGACGUUGCUCAUGAUCGCCGCCGCGAACGGGAACAAGGCGACGUGCAAAAAGUUACUAGUGCUCGGCGCAAAUCCAGCCGCGAGAGACGUUCGAGGGCGAACCGCGGUCGAUAUCGCGGGGAAAUAUAAUCAUUUCACGCUGGCGGAAUAUUUACGCACGCACGGCGUGCCUCUAGGAGUGGAGACGUCGGACGAAGAAUCGCAUUACAAGAGUGGGAACGAUGCGAAAGCCGAUUUCGGUCGCGAUGAUUACGUCGCACCGUCGAUGGCGUCACCGACCGCACCUCCGUUGGAAGUCGAACCUGGAGGCGGCGCGCGGGGCGGCGAAUCUGAACUCCUCACGCCGGACUAG